AUGCCCCAUCCUGCCAGGAGCGCGAGGCUCGUCUUUGACUUGCUCGCAGUUCCUCGCUGGCGGUCUCUCUUCAACGAUGAACUCCGACACACAGAGCGCAGACGCGUCUUCAACGUCGACGGGCUCCGUCGACUCGCAGCGGCGUCCGUUGACCGGAGUCCCGAUGACAUCGUCGGCAUGGUAAAACUCGCCGAGGGUGGGCGCAACCGCGCCUUUCUCAUCACCAUGCGCGGCGGCUUCCAGAUGGUGGCGCGCGUCCCGUACCCGGCCACUGUGCCCAAGUACUUCGCUAUCGCCAGCGAGGUGGCCACCAUGGCCUUGCUCCGCUCCUCCGGGCUGCCCGUGCCCGAGGUGUACGGAUACUCGCCCGCGUCAGACAACGCGGCGGAGACCGAGUAUAUCUUCAUGGUGUUCGUGUACGGCACUGCCUUGAGCGACAUAUGGCUUAACCUAGGAGAAAGGGAUAUUGUGUCGCUCACGCGCCAGCUUGCUGAGCUCGAGGCGAAGAUGAUGUCGAUUGCCUUCCCUGCUGGUGGGAGCCUGUACUAUACCAAAGACAUAGAGAAGAUGACUGUCAGGCCGGGCGUCACACUGGAGGACGCGCAGUUCUGCGUCGGCCCCGACACACGUCUGUCUCUAUGGUACGGCCAAAGAUCACAGCUCGACGUAGAUCGAGGACCAUUGAGAAAGAAAGAAUAA